AAAUGACACCUUUGCAACUAGAGAGUUCAUAUUAGUACCUGAAAGGUACAUACAUUUUAAAAAGGGAAAAGUUGAUCAACUUUAAAAAAAAUGUGCUUUUAAUUGGUAACACCUAACAAAAAAAUCACUUAAAUAAGUUUUUACUUAAACAUUUAAGUUGGGAAAAAACUUUUUUAAGUGUUACCAAUUAAAGUCAUUUUUUUAAAUGGAUACAACUUUUCACUUUUUACAGUGUAUUGGUACCAAAUAUCUUUAAAUGGACCUUCUUAAAAGGGCACUGCCCCAUUGACAGCUUGGGACCGUUUUUGUACCAUUUUUCCUCUACACUGUAAAAAAGAUUUGUUGUUUUAACUUUUAAAAAGUAAGUGUUUGUGCUGCCUUAAAAUGUUGAGUUAAUUCAACAAAAAAGUUGUCAACUAAUAUUUUUAUGUCGAAUUAACUCUGAAUUAAAUCUUAAGGUAGCAUGCACAGUUACUUUUUUAAUUUAAACAUUAAAUCUUUUUUUAACUGUAAACAAUUUUUACAUACUGUGAUAAAAAUAGUCUGCUACAAGAAGGCUGAUUUUCUUGGUGACAAAUAGGAAGUAACAGUUUGUUUCUUGGAUGCUUUGGUGUUUUAGUAAACCAUGGCCUUCCCUAUUGCCUUUAAAGGACUAUGUACCCCCAUCUAAAUAUGGUCAUGAGCUCGCAAUGGAUUUCAAGGAAUGUCCAAGCACCACAAACUUGCACUGAUGGUCCGUAGUGUCUCCAAACAACAGGGUCGUUUACAUCUAGCGGGGCUUCGAUUUGAUUCAUUUCUCUUUCCCUUUCUAAACUGCUAUCUCUGUCAAUUGAUGGAUUUCUUUAAAAACUAAAAGAAGUAAAGGAUAUCUGUAGCAAAUUUGAUAAAUUUUUUUAUUUAUCCAAUUUAAGGAUCCUUACUUCAGCCCAGCCAUGUCCAGGAGGAAGGUGAGAGGGCUCACUAAAACCGGUCGACAGGUGAGCGAGGACCCAGACCUCGACAAUUUACUGUCAAACCUGUCACCUGAAGAAAUGGAGGAGCUGGAGAAGGAAGUUUCAGUGGUGCCAGAUCCAGAUCCAAGUGAAAUAAUCAUUGUGGACCAAACGGAUGCCAAAGAAACUGCAGCGGUUAUAAAGGACUCUCAGUCGGGCAGCAGGGCAGAUGGUUUUAGAAAAAGCUUUCAGAGGAAUCUAUCCACAGAGGGAGAACCGAAGAAGGAAAGCCGUAAACAGGAGUACAUCCGUAAAAUGGGCCUCAGCCAGGAGAAGACCUUAUCAAGGUCUAAUAGCAAAGAUGGAGGUUUUCAGAGACAAUCCAGCAUUACCAGCCCCUCUUCUUUUCCGAAAAAAGACGGUAGGAUGGAAGACAGGAACAGUAGAGUCACAGAGGAGACCAAAGGCGACAAAGCUGGCCCGUGUUCCCUUUUCAAGAAGGAUGAGGAAAUGGAGAGGGAAAGAGAGAAAGAACAAAACAAUGGAACUAAAUUCAAGGAGAGAAGAGAGAUGAGGGAAAGUAGCAGCAGCAAAACUAAAGAAUUAAUAUCCAAGCUUCAAGAGAAAAAAGAUGAUAGUAAAGAGAAAAGUUGGAAAGAAGACAUUCGGAAAAGGGAAUCUACAGACAGUAGAACAAAGGAGAUGAUAUCUAGGAUACGAGAUAAGGAGGUGAAGGAAAAGGAGAGAAGGGAAGAGAGGAAAAGAGAUGAGAUCAAAACAAAAUUACCUAGUUCGAGGUUAGAGGAAAACCAAAGUCAGGUUGUUGAGGAAGAAAAGGACAAAGAAGAAAAUCAAAUGUCUAAUGGAAGGGAGAAAGUGGAAGAUAAAGGACCAGAUGAUAAAGAAAAAGAGCCUGAAAAGAUGCAAACGCAUUAUACAACCUUGACAGAUAAGGGAAGAGGGAAUGUUGUGGAACAAAAUGAAAAAAAGGAGGUUUAUGAGAAAAACAAAAUUGAAAACCAUGUAUCGAAGACUAAAGAAGAAGAAGAGGAAGAUGAGUCAGCGAGUAUGUUUGAUGAAGAUUUGGAGAGAGUUCGAAGUAACGAUUCGGAGAUGAUUGAACUCAACGUAAAUAAUUCUGAGGUCAUAAAAGCCAAAACGCUUAUUCAGUUUGCAGAAGCCUUGAAGAACAACACACACAUCAAAUCGUUUUCUUUGGCUAACUGCCGUGCUGAUGACCACGUGGCUUAUGCUAUCGCAGAGACCUUACGCAAUAACAAAAGCAUUACUAGCAUUAAUCUAGACUCCAAUUUUUUAACUAGCAAAGGCAUCAUGGCCCUGAUCCAUGCCCUUCAGCACAACUCCACACUUACUGAACUACGCUUCCACAACCAGCGACACAUCUGUGGAGGAAAAUCAGAGAUGGAGAUGACCAAAAUCUUGAAAGAGAACACGACUCUUCUGAAGCUGGGCUAUCACUUUGAGUUGGCCGGUCCUCGGAUGACCAUGACCAAUAUUCUCAGUCGCAAUAUGGACCGGCAACGGCAAAAAAGGCUGAAGGAACAAAAACAGGCUCAAGGACAAGCUGGAGACAAGAAGGAUACAUUGGAAGUUCCAAAAACUGGCUUUGGUAAAGGCUCCCCCAAAGCCUCUCCCAAACCAUCUCCUCUACCAUCUCCCAUACCCUCACCCGCUCCGUCACCGAAGUUGGCACAUAAAAGAGGAGGCGGUGGACCUGGUGGUGGACCACCACCCCCACCACCACCACCUGGAGGCCCACCACCUCCGCCUCCAAUGAUGGAUGGAGACUUCCUGAAGAACUCCCUAACACCGGUUUCACAGAGGAAGUUUGAAGAUAAAACUGGUGGAAAAGGUGGAGCUCAAAACUCAAGGGACCAACUUCUAGCUUCUAUUAGGACGACUAAUAUCAAAAAGCUCAAAAAGGUUGCAGUACCAAAGCUUUUGCAAUAAGUGGUAAAAAUGUAUGAAAAUGAAAGGACAGACAUCUCACGGACCUUGAGAAGAUCACCACUCAGAAUCUUCCAUACAGAGUCUUAUUUCUGCCCAGUGGUUUGAAAGACAGGCAAGGACUUGUAUAUCAUUCAAUGCACAGCUUCUGCCCAGGAGUCUUUGUAUGAAAUACACUGGACUAUAGAAAAGAGUAAAGCAUGAUGCAGUCAUGGGUGCUCAGAGGCUGAAAUGGUCUAUGGGACUGCAGAAUUGAUGCCUUGCUUGUCAUUUGCACUAAGUGAGUCAUUUCAAAUGAUUGAUGGGUGAGUGUGUAUGUGUGGUAAAGCAUAUGUGUGUAUGAGAAGAUGCUUGUGUGGUUUGUUUCUGCAGUAGAAUUUAAGUGUAUUGAAUAAUGAAAGAAGUAACAAUUACCUGGAAUUUAUUGUAUCAUUUUGGGGAUGUUUCAAACGAAAACUCUCAUUGAUAAUAGCAUAAAAGAGGAAUUUUAAUUGUAAGUCUUUAAAAUGUAUACAUAAAGUUAUUUUUUCAGUAUAGAUUCUACAAAUUAUAUUUUAAAUGGGAUGACCAGUGUUGGGGGUAAUGCCUUACAAGUAACUUGCAUUAUGAAAUAAUAUUACCUUUCUGAAGUAACGAGUAAAGUAACGCAUUACUUUUUAAAUGUACACAUUAAUGUUUUAGUUACUUUUAAAAAAAAAAGUAAUACAAGUUACAUUUUAGUUUAAUUAAUUCGAUUAAAAAAAAUUAAUGUACUGAAUUAAAAUAAACAUGGUCACAUUAUGCACUCUAUGCAUACACGCUUGUGUGGAAAGAGUUUAAGUCAGAAACUGAGAUGGCAGGCCAGAGCUCGACAUUUUUGUGAUGAAAUAUGCAAUUUCUAAAUGCAGAAGUUUUCAGUCAUAAAAAAAACCUGCAAGGCCUGAAAAAGCAAUGCAAAAGUAACUUUCCCCAACACUGGGUAUGACUGAGUGAAAUGUUUGGAAAAUAAGUGUUUAGGAAAAAUUGCGAUGAUGCAUGAACUUCCGAUCUAUGUCUAUGUAAUUGCAUAAGCAUACUUUAACAUAUUUAUUUUAAGUUUUCUUUUGAACAUUUUCAACAUUUUCAUGUAAGCCAUACAGUCUAGCAUAUAUAUGUGAAUCACUGUCAAGUAUAAUUUCUAAUUUCUACCAUCCAUUUAUACUUUUUAGACAGUGUUAAAGAGUGUUAUUUUACUGGUGAAUCUCUGCACAAAAUGUUUAUUGUUCCUCACAUGCUUGUUAAAGAAUUCAAUGUAUCUUCAUGCUUGUACAAAAAUGAUCUCAGCUUCUUAAAGAGCACAGAUGUGGAAAGUUUCAUCAGAAAGUUCUGCUGAAUGAAAAUAAGUAUCAUUAUCCAUUUGUCUGAUAAAGAUUAGAAUGGUCCAACAAAAACACUUUUGCUCUCAGGUCAUUUAACUACAUCACAGAUUUUGGUUCUGUCUUAGAUCAAGACAAACUAUGUAAGAUUAUUCUAAAGUCUUGUAAUCCAACGAAAUAACAGGCAUUAUUUUAUUAUUUAUUUCUUAUUUUCUGUUAUCUGA